CCAGGUUAGAACAUGAUCUCAACCCUACUCCUCGUCCUCCUACCCUCUCUCCAGGUGGUAGUUGGAGUACACAACAAGAUAUUAACAGAAGAGAACUUCAAAUCCGUCCUGGAGAAUGGAGAAUAUACUUUUGUCAAGUUCUUCGCUCCCUGGUGUCCGCACUGUGUUAAUAUUGAGUACGACUGGGACAGGUUGGCUGAUGAUAUCCAUGAUGAUAAAAACAUAGCAGGACCCCGAAUAACAGUUGGUGAGGUGGAUUGUACAAGAGAGGGCAGUGUAUGUACGGGAGAGGGAGUAAGUGGAUAUCCAACCAUAACUUUGUACAGACACGGCCGAGUUGAACAUAAUUACCAAUACAACAGAGACUUUGACAGAAUGAAACGGUUUCUGUAUGAAAAAGUGUUGGGAGAAAUUGCUCCAGACAUCAAUGAGUUCGGAAUCUACAAGCUCAACUCCCAUACCUGGAAAAAUUUUAUGAGCCAGCAGAACUACGUUCCUACCAUGGUUAAAUUCUACGCUCCUUGGUGUUCUCACUGUCAAGACCUGGAACCAGUAUUUGAAGAACUAGCAUUGACGUUUAGUUCCAGUAAGGAUGUCAUUACAUUUGCCGAGGUAAACUGUGUGGAUGAUUCAAGUCUAGAUCUAUGUGCAGAGGAAAACAUUGACUCAUUCCCUAAACUUCACAUGUACAGGAAUGGGGACCUUGAGGAUAUUUUCACAGAAAACAGGGAUAUUGACCAUUUGACUAACUUUAUCUGGGAAACAGUGGAUCCAAGUCGAGUGGUGGAAAUCCAGGACACUGCUUACAUGGAUUUCGACAUUUUUGAGCAGCUUGGAUCUGUUAUGGGAGCACAAGAUGAAACAGAGGAUGAGGAUUACGAGUUAGAUGGCGAGGAAGGAGAGGAAGAAGAGGAAGAAGAGGAAGAAGAGGAAGAAGAGGAAGAAGAGGAAGAAGAGGAAGAUGAUGAAUAUGAGGACGAUGAAGAUGCAGCUGAGGAUGGAGAUGAUGAAGAUGAAGAGGAGGAAGAAGAUGAUUAUAAUGAUGUGCCAGCAGCAGCUGAGGAUAUAUUAAGUCCCGAAGGAUUGGAACUACUUAAAAAAGAACUUGAGAUAGAUGAGAAUCUGAAGAAAGCUAAAGAAAACUUUGAAGAUAUGAAAAAGGAGAAGGUAUCUGAGAAAUCAAAAAAAAUGGAUAAAGAUGAACUGUAAUUAAGAUUUUAUUAAAUAAUAUUUGUAAGUCAUAA